AUGGGGGCGACGGGGGCGGCCGAGCCGCUGCGCUCCGAGCUGUGGGUGAAGCAGCAGCGCUGCACCGUGAGCCUGGAGCCCGCGCGGGCGCUGCUGCGCUGGUGGCGGAGUCCGGGGCCCGGGCCCGGCGCGCCCGGCACGGAUGUCUGCUCCCUGCCCGUGUCCGAGCUCAUUACCGUGGAGGAAACGGACGCCCACGGGAAACACUCCGGCAGCGGCCGCUGGCAGAAAAUGGAGAAGCCCUACGCGUUCACAGUGCACUGCGUGAAGAGGGCGCGACAUCACCGCUGGAAGUGGGCGCAGGUGACCUUUUGGAGCACCGAGGAGCAGCUGUGCCAGCUGUGGCUGCAGACCCUCCGAGAGCUGCUGCAGAGGCUGACCUCGAGACCUAAGCACUUACUGGUGUUCAUCAACCCCUUUGGGGGCAAAGGCCACGGCAAGCGGAUCUACGAGAGGAAGGUGGCGCCGCUCUUCACACUGGCCUCCAUCACCACCGACAUCAUCAUUACCGAACACCCCAAUCAAGCCAAGGAGGCUCUGUACGAGAUGGACGUGGAUGCCUAUGACGGUAUCGUCUGCGUGGGCGGUGACGGGAUGUUCAGCGAGGUGCUGCACGGUCUGAUCGGGAGGACGCAGAAGAGCGCCGGCGUGGACCAGAACCACCCCCGGGCCGCGCUGGUCCCCAGCCCGCUCCGCAUCGGCAUCAUCCCCGCAGGCUCCACAGACUGCGUGUGCUACUCCACCGUGGGCACCAUCGACGCCGAGACUUCGGCCCUGCACAUUAUCGUUGGAGACUCGCUGGCCAUGGACGUGUCCUCCGUGCACCACGGCAGCACGCUGCUGCGGUACUCCGUGUCCCUGCUGGGCUACGGGUUCUACGGGGACCUGAUCAAGGACAGCGAGAAGAAGCGGUGGAUGGGGCUCGUCAGAUACGACUUCUCAGGCAUGAAGACGUUCCUCUCGCAUCACUACUACGAAGGGACCGUGUCUUUCCUCCCGGCCCAGCACACCGUGGGCUCUCCCCGGGACAGGAAGGCCUGCCACGCGGGAUGCUUUGUGUGCAGGCAGAGCAAGCAGCAGCUCGAGGAAGAGCAGAAGAAAGCCUUAUAUGGCUUAGAAAAUGCUGAGGAGGUAGAGGAGUGGCAGGUCGUCUGUGGGAAGUUUCUGGCCAUCAAUGCCACAAACAUGUCCUGUGCUUGUCCCCGGAGCCCUCGGGGCCUCUCCCCAGCCGCCCACCUGGGAGAUGGAUCUUCCGACCUCAUCCUCAUCCGGAAGUGCUCCAGAUUCAACUUCCUGAGGUUCCUCGUCAGGCACACCAACCAGUGUGACCAGUUUGACUUCACUUUUGUGGAGGUGUAUCGCGUCAAGAGGUUCCAGUUCACGUCGAAGGCCCUGGAGGACGGGGCCCGCGGCCUCGGGGGGCCGGGGAAGCAGCGCUUCGGGCCUCUCUGCAGCGACAGCCCCAGCUGCUGCUGCGCGGCGGCCCGUGGCGCCUGGAACUGUGACGGGGAGCUGCUGCACACCCCCGCCCUCGAGGUCAGGGUCCACUGCCAGCUGGUUCGCCUCUUUGCUCGAGGAAUCGAGGAGAAUCCUAAGCAAGAGUCACCGAGCUGAGGAGCCGCUCUGUGCAGCCCGGAAAAUUCGAAAAUCAAGAAAGGACUACAGCUCAAUUAUGUUCAGACAGACAUUUACAUUUAGAAGUUUAUUUUUGAUAGUUAAAUCUUGAUUUUAGGAAAAAAAUGCCUUUGUCAACAAUUGUAAGUAGAUACCUGGCAUUCUGAGUUCUACGAAAUCUGCGUCCCCGGCGCUGUGUCCCGGCGGGCAGUCCGGCCGGCUUUGUGCAUCCUCCGACGCCAGCAGUGAAGAUUCCCAAGCAGCCCACUCGAGCCGCUAUUGCAAUAAUUCCGGGACUUGGCAGGAACUGGGCCGCAGCGUGUGGACACGGGUGUCCACCGGCCACUUUGCAGUGACGUUUUCUGGAGCUGUUUGCAGCCAGGCUUUGGAAGCAGAUGUUGAUCUCCGCCUUCGCUGGACGCUCUUGCCGUCAGGAGGUCACUCCGAUAUCCUGUGUGGCACGCGGAGACAGCAGCACAGCGCUCCAGAGCGUGUCCUCAUGCCGAGUGUGCUGGAAAUGGGCCACGUGGCCGUUAGGGACCAGCGAGCAGCUGGCACCCCGGCCGAGGGCCACGCUGAGGCUCUGUGCUUGCUUCCAACCCCAGCUCCAGCAGCAGGUGACAGGGUCUCCCCAGCUCUGGCUGGGUUACUUUGGUGCAGGUCUUGAGUCGUCAUGGACCAUAUUUGUUCUUCUCUUCAUCCUGGGUUCUACAUAUUUAUUGGAAGCUCUUUCCUGUCAAUCAGAGGAGUGUGGGCGGGUGGUGUCCUGGCUGUUUGUUUUGUCUCUAGCAGAAGGGAUGGUAGCUUCCUGUCUUGGCCCUGAGGCUGGAGACCAGGACUUCCGCUGGGCCCCGCACCCUUGUUUGUUUCCAGCCCAGUGUGUAUGGUAAGAUUUACGUCAAUUAGUCUCUCUGAAGUACAAGAAUAUGCAGCUGAAACUUGAUGUGCGAGAAGGUGCUGUUAGAGGAGUGCUGGAUGUGGGCCCUGGCAGGUUUGACCCGGGGCAUUUAUUCCGGAAUCCCUUGUGUGGAUUUCCAUUAGAAGCUGAUGGGAAAUGUCCUCUUCAUCCCUCAGUCCCUCCCAGACAGAAGGGCAGCCAUAGAGGGCCUCAUUCAAAGUAAUGGAGGUUUCAGCGAUGUGUCCAUUCACGUCUGUGCUGGCUUGGGGGGGUGGGAGGGGGGAUACAAAGGUGUAAGACUGGCCGGGCCGGGCCCAGGGCCAGGCAGCCCCGAGCAGCCUCCGCCCACUGGGCCAACAGCCUCUGGCGUAUCCCACAGCGGCUCAGGCAGAGCCCGCGCUGCCCUGCCAGGGGCCCACGGGCUCUGCACACGGGCUCCCCCUCCCCCCCACGGCUCCGCCCAGAGGCUCUGCUAACGCCCUGCUCCAGGCCGGCACUGAAAAGGGAAAGCUGGAGCUGUGGCAGGAUGCAGUGGGGUCUGGUGCCCUGAAGGCCCUCCGGCCUUCAGCAGGAGGCAGGAGGCAGCCACUCACAUUCCUGGCCCAUUUCUUAUGCAGCUACUCGGCCCCACACUGGGGGUUUGGAGACCGGGGACUGGUGUUAGAUAGGGAACACGGGAGCCUUUGGAAGGGUUUGUCCAUGUUUUAACUUCCUUUGUGGCUCACUGGUGCAAAAUAAUCAGCCGCAUUCAUGCGUGGUAACUCAUUCCUGUUUAUUCGAGUGUGGAGGUGGCGGGGCUGCGAGCUGCCGCCUCCGCCCCGCCGCAGCCCUGUGGCUGGGGAGUGAAGGCCCGCGCAGGGCAGCCUGGCCUGCUUCUACUUUUGCUGGUUUCAAGACUAGAAAAUGGUGUAUUGCACCAGAGGUGUUUGAGAAGAUAAAAAUAAAGUUACUUUGGGCAGCA